UAUUUUCAACAUGGCGGCGUCCAGGACCGAUGCCACGUCCGUAUCCUCGUUGGAUACGGUUGAAAAUCUGACAGAUAUUGACAGCAUAAAGGCUGCAUUCGAUAAAUUUUGCGACGAAGAGGUAACUAUUAAUGCCGAUUUGGAAAAGCUCAUAGAAAAUCAAGGUAGAUUAGAGAACAAAAUGGGCAACAUGCAUAAAGUUAUUCCAAAUAUUCAGAUACUAGAAACAGAUUCAAAGAAUUUAUCAAAUAUGGUGGCAUUUACCUCAACACUUGCUGAGAAUGUCAGUAGUAAAGUCAGGCAGCUGGAUCUUGCAAAGAGUCAAGUAACAUCAUGUAUUUCUAGAGUGGAAGAUAUUUUAGAUCUGAAAUUUUGUACAGAUGGUGUGCAGACAGCCUUACAGAAUGAAGAUUAUGAAAAGGCUGCUAGUCAUGUCCACAGAUUUAGGAAUUUAGAUGAGAACGUACUGAGAAUGUCCCUUACAACUGGUGAAAGCAGUGACACACUUGACAACUCAUUUAAACUAUUACAUGAAGCUGAAAACAAACUGAAAUCCAUUGUUAAUUCCAAGUUUGAUGCAGCAGUUCAUUCAGGAGAUAGUGCAUCAGUAGAACGAUUUUUCAAAAUAUUCCCCUUGUUAGGGCUCUAUGAUGAAGGACUAACUAAAUUUGGCAAAUAUUUAUCUUCACAGCUUUCAGACACUGCAGAUAAAAGUAUGAGAUUAGCAGAAGCAAUGGGUUCUGAAGAUAAAAGAGCCAAUGUUAUGUAUGCAGAUUUAGCAACACAUCUGUUUGAACAUAUAGCUAAAGUUGUAGAAGUCCGACAGCCUAUUAUAGAAACAUAUUAUGGUGCUGGAAGACUUUUUACCUUAUUAAAAAUAUUACAAGUUGAAUGUGAUCGACAAUCAAGACAAAUUUUACAACAGUUUAAAACAAAAAGAAAUUUUGAUCAUGUGGUGCAGCAAGUUCAACAAUCAACAAUGUUCCAGAAACAACCAGCUUCUGAAAAAUUUGAACCAAAAGGUUUAGAUAUUUUAUUAUCAGAAGUUGUUUUACUGAAUACGAGAGCUGAAUUGUAUUUGAGAUUUAUUAAAAGAAGAUCCACAAAUGAUAUUGAAGCAGGGUUUCAAAAUGAUGUGAAUAUUGCAAAAGAAAAAAUAACUGAUGUAGAUACAUUCCUUGAUAACUGUGAUUUAAAACGAUUAAUGCAGGAAUUAAUAGGCAGCUAUAUAUUGAUGGAAGAAUAUUUUAUGAGAGAAAUGGUAUUAAAGGCUGUUAGUAUGGAUUCAUUUGAUACAGGUCAGCCCACAUCUAGUAUGGUAGAUGAUUCUUUUUUUAUUGUUAAAAAAUGUGCACGGCGAUCAUUGUCUAGUGGGAGUGUAGAUGGUGUUUGUGCUAUGUUAAAUCAUGCGUGUACUGUUUUAGAACAAGACUUUAGGGAAGUGUUACAUUCUCGGAUACGUGUUGGAUUUCCGUCAGAUCAAUACUUAUCUGUAGCUUAUAACAUGGUGCAAUCUAGUUUACAACAAGGAAAAUUACAGAGUUCAGAUACGGAGAAACAAAAAACACAAUUUUUAACCACAUUAAAUAAUGCAGAAGCCAGCUGUGAAUAUUGUCAAUCACUGAAAACCAUGCUUGAGGUAGAAGUUUCAAAAUCAUUUCAUCAGAGUUCAGAACACACUAAGGCCAAACUUGAGAGUUGUUUAUCAGAUUUAGGUGCUGCAGCCAACCGAUUUAAAGAUGUUUUAGAGUUUGGUUUUACACAGUUACAGUCAAAUGCUGUUAAACCUCGAGUCAAACCUCUGGCUGAUGGUUAUUUAUCUACCAGUCAUAAUAUAACAGAAGAAGACUUUUCCAAUUUUGAAGCCAAUGAUCCUUGGGUUCAAAACUGUAUUGUACAGUUAGAUACUAUGCUGGCAGCUUUUAAGGAAUCUUUGACAAGUGGUAACUAUGAUAAAUUUGUCAGCUUAAUAACCAGUGAAAUUACAUCACAGAUGGAAAAGGCAGUUUUGAAAACAGCAUUUAAUAGAUUGGGUGGUUUACAGUUUGAUAAAGAGUUACGGGCAUUAGUUGGAUACCUCUCCACUGUUACAACAUGGACCAUUAGGGAUAAAUUUGCACGACUUACACAAAUGGCUACAAUUCUAAAUCUGGAAAAGGUAACAGAGAUAUUAGAUUAUUGGGGACCCAACUCUGGACCCUUAACAUGGAGACUUACACCAACAGAAGUACGACAUGUUUUAGGAUUGAGAGUGGACUUUAGAAGUGAUGAAAUCAAGAAAUUAAAGUUGUGAGAAAUUAGUGACACGGUUUUAAUAAUGUGAUGUUAUGAUUGUACAAUGUUUGUGGGACGAUAUUGUAAUUGGAGCUAUAUCAUUAUUUAUU